AUGAACUGCUCAAAUGCUAUUCAUGCCACUACACUGACGAACUCCAAGAAGCCCAACUUCAACUCCUGCGUGAUGUGUUUGAAGUCAAAAAAAAAAGGAUAUAACAUUUCUUUGCACAAAUUCCCAAAAGACCCCAUCAGGCGAGCAGUUUGGCUUAAAAACUGCAGCUUUGUGGAAAAAGAAAUUGAACAUAAUAGAAUGUUGUGCUCUUCCCAUUUUGAAAAAGAUUGCCUCGUCCAACACAGCAACAGGAGAGUAUUGAAGCGAUCCGCCGUGCCUGUUAUUUUUGACGAAAAAAAAAGAAGAAAAAGAAACAAAAAGCGUAGUCAACAAUCCCAAUCUUUGCAAAAAUCUGUUGCAAGUAGUAACUCCAAAGUGUAUUUUAUCCCAGCAAAAACAUAUAUUUUGGUUAAACCAAUUGUUCAAAAUUCCGUUAACACUACAUAUACUCAAAAUACUCAGACAUCUGGACUUUCAGAAACUAUAUUACAAAUAAAGGUUGAAGAUCUUGAAAAUCCAGCUGCUGAUGUUAUACCAUUGUGGGUUUUAAGACAAUUUACUGACCAAUUAUCAGGAUACUCUUUAGAUCCUGAGAAGAACGAUGUUCCUAUUUUUGCCAGUGAACAGUUAGUUUAUUAA